CAUAAUAGAUGGAAGAUCAUGAGAGUCAUAAUCCUAAUGAUGUUGCAAUGGAGAUUAAUGAAAUGUUGGAGAAGGCACAGCCUCUCUUUAGAGAUGAAUGCUGCAUCUACAGGGUGCCCCAUGAGAUCCGCAGCUCAAAUGCAGAUGCAUACACUCCUAGAGCUUUUUCCAUUGGUCCUUUUCACCAUGGAGAUCAAAAGUUGCUAAAGAUGGAGGACCAGAAAAGAAUAUAUUGCAGACAAUUCAUUGCAAGAUCCGAGACGAAGAGCUUGGAAAGUUUUGUGAGUUGCGUGCAAGAGCUCGAGCCACUGGUUCGUGCUUGUUACUCAGAUGACAUCAAGCUAAGUAAAGAAGAACAUGUUAUGCUGAUACUGGUAGAUUGUUGCUUCAUAUUGGAGCUUUUACUCAGGUUCCCUUCUGAGGAGAGUAAGGAAGAUGAUUCAAUUUCAUUAUUCCCAUGGUUAGAUGAAUACUUAAGAUGGGAUUUGUUGUUACUUGAGAAUCAAAUUCCUUUCUUUGUUUUUAACAAUCUAUAUGAUCUUGCUUUCUCUACUUUAAAUGGUGGCACUGGCCACCCUUCAUUACUAAAGCUCAUUCUUGGUUAUUUUUUUGGUCCCUAUGAUGAUACUGAUUGGGAUAGUGGCAGUAUAGAACAUUUUACAGAUCUGUUAAGAACCUUUCACUUGAAACAAUCUAUAAGUCCACUUUCAAGGAAUAAGGAAACUCUGCCAUUCCUUAAGAGUGCAAUCCAGUUACAUGAAGCAGGAGUGAAGUUUAAGGUAAUAAACAAAAGGAGUCUAUGCUUACUUGACUUGAAAUUUUCAGGCCGCACUCUUGAAAUUCCACAGAUUGAAUUAGAGGAUAAAACUGAAAUUUGGUUGAGGAAUAUGGUGGCUUUGGAACAAUGCUACUAUCCUGAUGAGUCCUACAUCACUGAUUACACUGCAGUCCUUGAUUACCUUAUUAACACAGAGAAAGAUGUUGAUUUCUUGGUUAACAAGGGAAUAAUCAUCAAUUGGUUAGGUGAUAGCAAGGCUGUGGCUAAAUUGUUCAAUGGUCUUGGGAAGAACAUUAUCCAUGAAACUUUUAAUGCCGAGUAUCUUCGUAUCUGUAAAGACUUGAAUGAUUUCUGUGAACAUCCUUGUCUCAGAAAAGUAGCAACUUUGAGGCGCGAUUACUGCAACACUCCAUGGAAGACGGUGGCUUCUGUUGCUGGAAUUGCUCUUCUUAUAUUAACUGUCAUUCAGACAGCAUGUUCUAUCAUCCAAGUAGUUCAAGGUUUCUCCAAGUAAUAUUUGCUAUAACAUCUUUUUGUAUUUUAAUUUCGUUUCAUAUGAUAUGGCUGCACAUUGUACUUUGUAUUC